AUGGGUGUGAAAACAUUUACUCAUAGCUCCUCUUCCUACAGCCAGGAAAUGCUUGGAAAGCUAAAUAUGCUGCGAAAUGAUGGACAUUUUUGUGAUAUCACUGUUCGUGUCCAGGACAAAAUCUUCCGGGCACAUAAAGUAGUACUACUAGCAGCUUGCAGUGAUUUCUUUCGCACCAAACUUGUAGGCCAAGUAGAGGAUGAGAGCAAGAAUGUGUUGGAUCUGCAUCAUGUUACCAUGGCUGGCUUUAUGCCCCUCCUAGAAUAUGCCUACACGGCCACUUUGUCAAUUAACACAGAAAAUAUUAUUGAUGUUCUAGCUGCAGCCAGCUAUAUGCAAAUGUUUAGUGUUGCUAGCACCUGCUCAGAAUUCAUGAAAUCAAGCAUUUUAUGGAAUACACCCAACAACCAACCAGAAAAGGGUCUAGACGCUGGACAAGAAAAUAAUUCUAACUGCAAUUUUACUUCCCGAGAUGGAAGCAUGUCUCCAGUGUCUUCAGAGUGCAGUGUGGUAGAAAGAACCAUUCCUGUCUGCGGAGAAUCCCGGAGAAAGCGCAAAGGCUACAUUGUUAUGUCUCCUGAAAGUCCUGUAAAGUGUAGCACACAAACAAGUUCACCCCAGCUGAAUUCUUCAGCUUCCUACUCAGAAAAUAGAAAUCAGCCAGUUGACUCUUCUUUAGCUUUUCCCUGGACUUUUCCUGUUGGAAUUGAUCCAAGGAUUCAACCUGAGAAGGUUAAGCAGGCAGAAAAUACUUUAGAAUUACCUGGCCCGUCUGAGACAGGUAGAAGAAUUGCUGAUUACCUGACUUGGGAAAGCACAAAAACUACCUUGCCUCUGGGUACAGAAGAAGAUGUCCGAGUCAAAGUAGAAAGGUUAAGUGAUGAGGAGGUCCACGAGGAAGUGUCCCAGCCUGUCAGUGCGUCUCAGAGUUCCCUGAGUGAUCAGCAGACAGUGCCAGGAAGUGAACAAGUCCAAGACGACCUUCUGAUUAGUCCACAGUCUUCCUCUACAGGCUCAGUAGACGAAGGCGUUACCGAGGGAUUACCUACACUUCUAAGCACUUCUAGCACUAAUGCUCAUGCAGAUGAUGAUGAUCGAUCAGAAAAUGUUCAGUAUCCCUACCAACUCUACAUUGCUCCUUCUACCAGCAGUUCAGAACGACCAACUCCAAAUGGUCCAGACAGACCUUUUCAGUGUCCGACCUGUGGGGUGCGAUUCACCCAUAUUCAGAAUCUAAAACAGCACAUGCUCAUCCACUCAGGAAUUAAAGGAUUUCAGUGUGACGGCUGUGGGAAAAAGUUCACCAGGGCUUACUCGCUAAAGAUGCAUCGCCUAAAGCAUGAAGUACCACUCCAAAGGCCAAGAAGCAUGAUUGAGAACAGUCAGGCUAUGGAUGAAAUGACCAGGAAUGGAGAAUGA